AUGGCUUUCGGAACUCUCUUCACCCGCGAGAACAACUGCCGUUCUACCGCCAUCCGCGCGGUCGCUAAGGCCAACGACAUCGAGCUCAACAUCGUUGAGGCCGAGAAGGGCAACGCUACCGUUGAGCACCUCAAGGCCAACGGUCUCGGCAAGAUCCCUGCCUUCAUUGGCGAGGAUGGUUUCGCUCUCUCUGAGUGCAUUGCCAUUGCCAUCUACAUCACCUCCCAGAACGAGAAGACUACUCUUCUCGGCAAGACCAAGCAGGACUAUGCUUCUAUCCUGAAGUGGAUGUCCUUCUUCAACUCCGAGAUCCUUCCCAGCCUCAUCGCUUGGUUCGGUCCCCUCAAGGGCGACGCUCCCUACAACAAGAAGAACGUCGAUGAUGCCUCCAAGGCUUCCCUGAAGGCUUUCUCCGUUGUCGAGGAGCACCUCAUCCGCAACACCUUCCUUGUUGGCGAGCGCAUCACCCUUGCCGACCUCUUCGCUGCUGGCAUCGCCGUCCGUGGCUUCCAGUACUUCUUCGACAAGCAGUGGCGUGAGGAGAACCCCGCCGUCACUCGAUGGUUCGAGACUGUCCGCGCUCAGCCCAUCUUCGCCGAGGUUGCUGAGAAGGUUGAGCUCCUCGAGACUCCCGCUCUUACCAACACUCCCCCCAAGAAGCCUGAGCAGCCCAAGAAGGAGGCCAAGAAGGAGGUCAAGAAGGAGGCCGCCCCCGCCGCUGAGGCUGCUCCCGCUGCUGAGGAGGCUCCUGCUGCCCCCAAGGCCAAGCACCCUCUCGAGGCUCUCGGUCGCCCCUCUUUCCCUCUCGAUGAGUGGAAGCGCCAGUACUCCAACAUCAAGGACCACAACGAGGCCAUGAAGUACUUCUGGGAGAACCUGAACUUCGAGGAGUACUCCAUCUGGAAGGUUGACUACAAGUACAACGAGGAGCUUACCCUCACCUUCAUGUCAAACAAUCUGAUUGGUGGCUUCAACAACCGUCUUGAGGGUUCCCGCAAGUACAUCUUCGGAUGUGCUGCCGUCUACGGCGAGAACAACGACUCCGUCAUCCAGGGUGCUUUCGUCAUCCGAGGCCAGGAGCACGUUCCCGCCUUCGAUGUCGCCCCCGAUUGGGAGAGCUACAACUUCGAGAAGCUCGACCCCUCCAACCCCGAGCACCGGCAGUUCGUCUCGGAUGCCUGGGGCUGGGAGAAGCCCAUCACCGUCAACGGCAAGGAGUACAAGCUUGCUGACGGCAAGGUCUUCAAAUAA